AUGGAUUAUUCCGGCGCCGGCAGCGGCGGCGACAGCGAGCUUGAGGACGACCCAUCCUACUACUACCAGGAGCCGGAGCCGGCCUUCAUGUGCCCUCUCACCAAGCAGGUGAUGCAUGACCCUGUGACCAUCGAGACGGGGCACACCUUCGAGCGCGAGGCCAUCCUCAAGUGGUUCAGGGAGUGCAGGGACAGCGGCAGGACGCCGACGUGGCCCCUCACGCAGGCGGAGCUGCGCACCGCCGACACGAGCCCCAGCCUAGCCCUGCGCAACGUCAUCCACGAGUGGAGGGCGAGGAACCAGGACAAGGAGCUCGAAAAGGCCAAGCUGCAGCUGCAAUCCCAGUCCCAGUCCCAGCAGGACGACGACGCCCUGCGAGCUCUCGGCUGCAUCUCCCACGUGUGCCGCGCCAGCGCCGCCAACAAGAACCUGGUGCGCAGGCAGGGCAUCAUACCCGCGGUCGCCGCCAGCUCAAGAGCAGCAGCCCAAGGGCGUUGCCUGGCGGACUGUCCGCCGAUCCCGCGCGGACUGUCCGCGAGGCAGGUGUUACAAAAGGCCCGCCUCAAGUCUCUCGAGCUCCUCCGCCUCGUCGUGGACAACGACGACACCAGCGACCUCGACGCCGUGCUGCUCUACUCGGCCAUGGCGCUGGAGAAGCUGUCGCUGCAGUCGGGGAGGCUGACGGCCGUGCCGGAGCCGGCGCCGCGGGGCAAGGCCAAGGGCCUCCUCCUCAUGUGCCGCGCGUGCCUCAGGGGAGGAACGCCGCCGCCGCCCGGGGCGCUGGGCACCUGCCGCGGCGGGUGCAAGGCGGUGGAGCGGCUGGUGGCGUGCCUGGAGCACGCGGACGAGCGGGUGGUGGAGGCAGCGCUGGCCGCGCUGUCGACGCUGGUGGGGGACGGCGUGGCGGACGCGGCGGAGGGCGUACUGGUGGUCAGCGAGGCGGAGGGGCUACGGCCCGUGGUGGAGGUGCUGGUGGAGAACCGGACGGAGGCGCUGCGGCGGCGGGCCGUGUGGGCAGUUGAGCGCAUCCUGCGCGUCGAGGACAUCGCACAGGAGGUGGCAGCGGACCAGACCAUGGUGUCAGCGCUCGUCGAGGCCUACCGCAACGGCGACGCCCGCACCCGGCAGACGGCGGAGCUCGCACUCCGGCAUCUCGACAGGAUACCAAACUUCUCCAGCAGCGCCUUCCACCAAGCCAAAGCCAGGCCCAGGCAGUAG